UUGCUUAGUACGACACUAGUCCAGCUCACCACUACCUGAGCCAACUACUGCAAUACUGCCUCCCGCUGUAGGAGAGAUUAGUUUGCUGCCGCGUGUCUCCUCGCCCAGACGUCUCUGCUCCGGGAGCCCAAGUCCGAAGUGGGCCGCGGUGGACUCGGAACAGGCCUGGAGGCUGGGGGUCUCUAGAGCCAAGCCAUGGAGCUCGGGGACUCGGGGAAGGUUCCUGUGACCUUUGAUGACAUCACCAUGUACUUGCUGCAGGAAGAAUGGAUGCUCCUGGGUCAGCCACAGAAGGACUUCUCUACUUCUGACAAGCUGACAGCAUCUCUAGGAGAAACCCAUGUGAACUAUAUGGAAGAGAGAGAGAAAGGACAGUACCUGCCACCUCAAAAGAAAACUUGCCAUGCUCCAUACUUCAGUACUGAGAGCAGCACAAUGGAGGAAGACUCGACAGGAGGAAACAAGAAACCCCCAAAGCCCCGCUCUAUCCAGAAGUCGUGGUUUACAAAGUUUCCAUGGUUGAUCAUGAAUGAGGAACAAACAGCCCUGUUUUGUGCUAUCUGCAGAGAAUACCCAUCUGUCAGGGACAAAAGGUCACGGUUAAUAGAAGGCUACACGGGACCAUUCAAGGUGGAAACUCUCAAAUACCAUGCCAAGAGCAAGGCCCACAUAUUCUGUGUCAAUGCCCUGGCCGCCAAGGACCCCGUCUGGGCAGCCCACCUUCAGAAUCUCAGGGAGAGUCCUGCAGAUCUCCUGGCCAGCCCUGAACACCUCCUCACUGCAGACAAUCCCACAUUCUACCUGCCAGGGCCUCUGGGAAACUUUGAUGGCAUAGAUGAGCUCCUGUCCAGCCCAAGAGCUGAACCAGAGGACGCCUCAGGGAGUGGAGCCAUCCCUGCAUUGAGUUUAGACUGCGAGUCAGAUCUGAGGCAAAAAGAAAUUGGCAGUGACAUCCUCAGUCCCUCAAAUAGCAGCACAUUAUUCAAGGACAGUACUGAUUUCUGCAGCCAGGAGCCUCCUGACCAGGAGUGGCCGGAGGGUCUCAGGGUGUCCAGGGAGCCCCCUGCCACAUUUGAGGACUUGGCCGUGUAUUUCACUCAGGAGGAGUGGAGCCUGCUAGGCAAGCAGCAGAAGGAGCUCUACAGCGAUGUGAUGCGGAUGAACUAUGAGCUGCUGGCUUCCCUGGCAGAGCCUCCUGCUGCCACGCCGGACUUGAUCACAAAACUGGAACAGAGAGCUGCACCCUGGAUCGAGGACCCUAAUGGGUUAAAGUCAGGGAAAAGUCGCUCCCUAGGGAGAGAGAAGAUGGAGGCAACGAGAGAAGCCAACAGCCAGACCCAGGCCUCGGCUCUAGAGUUCGUCUCUCAGCCGGCCUCUGUGGAGACAUGCAGUGUGCACCGCUCUCCCGGCAUGUGCGAAGGAGAAGUGGACGGACCCAGGAAUGUCAAGGGCACAUACAGGCCCCGUUCCAUUCAGAGGUCAUGGUUUGGGCAGUUUCCCUGGUUAGUAAUGGAUUCCAAAGAGACUAAGCUGUUCUGCUCUGUUUGCAAAGAAAGGCCAACUCUCCACGACAAGUCAUCCCGCUUGGUCCAAGGUUACACUGGACCUUUUAAAGUGGAAACUUUAAAAUACCACGAGGUCAGUAAGGCGCACAAAUUGUGCGUCAACACUUUGGAGAUCAGAGAUGACAGCCCUCAGCCUACUCUCAUCCCAGAGAUCUCCGGUGCCCUCAUGGCCAACAUGGAGCACUUCUUCAAUGCUGCCUACUCCAUUGCCUACCACUCCAGGCCUCUGAAUGACUUCGAGAAGGUCUUGCAACAGCUCCAGAACACCGGCACCACACUACUAGGCAAGUACCGGAACCGCACCGCAUGUACCCAGUUCAUCAAGUAUAUCUCGGAGACUCUGAAGAAGGAGAUCCUGAGGGACAUCCGGAACUCUCCGUGUGUGAGCCUGCUAUUGGACAGCUGCGUGGACUCCUCCAGCCAGGCCUGCGUGGGGAUCUUCAUGCGUUACUUGAAGCAGACGAGGUGAAGGAGUCGUACAUCACCCUGGCCCCCCUCUCCAGUGAGACAGUAGACGGGUACUUCGAAACCAUCAUUGCCGCCCUGGAUGAGCUGGAUAUCCCUUUCCGGAA